AUGCAACGGAAAUUCACCUCCGUUCUUCUUCUGCUCACUUAUCUAUGUGCGCUGACCGUCCUCCACCAGACCCGCCGCUCUCUGGCUCUGACCCAGGACGGCCUCGUCCUCCAGGAGGUCAGGCGCUCCCUCUUCGACCCGAACGGCGCCCUUGCCGGCUGGUCCGCCGCCGCCGGUCCCCCCUGCAGCUGGUUCGGGGUCGGCUGCGACGGCCUCGGCCGCGUCGUGUCGGUCUCUCUCCCCGGCGCCUCCCUCGCCGGGCCCUUCCCACUCGCCCUCUGCCGCCUGCCCUUUCUCUCCAACCUCUCCCUCGCCGACAACUACAUCAACGGCUCUCUCCCCCUCUCUAUCUCCGGCUGCCGAAGCCUCGUCCACCUCGAUCUCUCCCAAAACCUCAUCCACGGCUCCCUCCCGCCGACCCUCGCCGACCUUCACUUCCUGAGGUACCUUAAUCUAUUGGCAAACAACUUCUAUGGCGAUAUCCCAGCAUAUUUUGGUCGGUUUGAACGACUCGAAUCUCUCAUACUCAUCGACAACCUACUGAACAGCACCAUCCCGGCAGCCCUCGGCAACAUCACGACCCUAAAGGAUCUUCAGCUGGCUUACAACCCAUUCUCACCGGGCCCCAUACCCGACGAGCUCGGCAACCUGACCAACCUGGAAAACCUGUGGCUCACCUACUGCCAGCUCGUGGGCCCCAUCCCCGGGAGCCUUGCCCGGUUGACUCAGCUUCGGAAUCUCGACUUGGCCGUAAACAGGCUCAGCGGGCCCAUACCGGGCAAGAUAAUAAUGGGCAUGACGCGGAUCGAGCAGAUUGAACUGUUCAACAACUCAUUCACCGGGAAUCUGCCGUCCGGGUGGUCUAAUCUGACCAUGUUGAGAAGAUUCGAUGCAUCCAUGAACGAGUUAACCGGUGUUAUACCGGACGAGCUGUGCAAAUUGCCCCUCGAGUCACUCAUCUUGAACGAUAACCGACUCGAAGGGAUAAUUCCCGAUAGCAUUGCCAGCUCGCCUAAUUUGAACGACCUCAAUCUGUUCAAAAACGGGCUGUGGGGUAACUUGCCGAGUGAUCUCGGCAAGAAUUCGCCCCUGCAGGUGCUGGACGUGUCGUCGAAUAAUCUCUCGGGUGAAAUUCCCGAGUUUUUGUGCUUGAAUGGAGCCUUGGAGAAUUUAAUUCUGAUGGUUAAUGCGUUUAAGGGGACUAUUCCAGAAAGUCUCGGAAAAUGCCGGAGUUUGCUGCGUGUACGGUUGAGGGACAACAGGCUACAGGGGGAAGUUCCACCUCAGUUCUGGGGCCUGCCACGGGUUUACUUUCUCGAGCUAUCGGGAAAUGCCUUUUCUGGAAAUAUCCCGAGCUCGAUACGCGGCGCGAAAAACUUAUCCAUCUUGGCAGUUUCAAAUAAUAGAUUCUCAGGAAGCAUACCGAGCGAAAUCGAGUUAUUAGAUGCUUUGAUCAACUUUGCUGCGGAUGGUAACUCGCUUAGUGGUGAAAUCCCGAGCAGCAUUCUGAAUUUAAGGCAGCUCGGGAGGCUCGAUCUUAGCAGUAACAAUUUUUCGGGUGGGAUUCCUACAGGAAUAAAGUCUCUGAAGCUGCUCAACGAGCUCAAUUUGGCUAAUAAUCACUUGUCGGGCCAUAUACCAGACGAGCUUGGGGGCCUUCCAGUGCUCAACUACCUCGAUCUUUCUAACAACAACUUUUCGGGUGAAAUUCCUGUCUCGUUGCAGAAUCUGAAGCUCAACAAACUAAACUUGUCGCGAAAUAUGCUUUCAGGGGAACUGCCUCCUCUCUUCUCAAACGGAGCUUAUCGGGACAGCUUUCUCGAAAAUCCCGGGCUGUGCUUUUAUAAUUCCAACUCGUGCAAUCGCAACGAGGAGAAAGCAAAUCGGGUUUUUUCGUGGGUGCUGAAGUCCAUUUUCAUCACAACGGGCCUCGUUUUCCUUGUGGGGAUUGUUUGGUUUCUGCUGAGGUACAGGAAACUGAAGCAAACGGCCGAAGGAGUUGCCACAAUAACUAAGUGGACCUCUUUCCAUAAGCUCGGGUUUAGCGAGCUCGAAAUUAGCAGCGGCCUCAAGGAGACAAACGUGAUUGGCCGAGGAGCCUCGGGUAAAGUCUACAAGGUCAUUCUGAGCAAUGGAGAGGCCGUCGCCGUGAAAAAACUGCACGAUACGUUGAAAAAUGACGAAAACGACCCCUUCCCUAGCGAGUUUGAAGUUGAAGUAGACACAUUGGGGAAAAUCAGACACAAGAAUAUCGUGAAAUUAUGGUCCUGUUGUGAUGCGGGAGACUGCAAGCUCUUGGUGUACGAGUACAUGCCGAACGGGAGCUUAAGAGACUUGCUGCAUGGCAACAAGAGUAGGCUUUUGGAUUGGCCCACGAGGUUUAGUAUAGUUUUGGGUGCUGCCGAGGGGCUCUCGUACUUGCACCACGAUUGUGAUCCGCCGAUCGUGCAUAGGGACGUGAAGUCAAAUAAUCUGCUACUGGACGAGGACUUUGGGGCAAAAAUCUCAGAUUUUGGGGUUGCUAAGGUUGUUAAGGAAAUCGAGAAUCGUGUGGAGUCAAUGUCUGUCAUUGCCGGUUCGUGUGGCUACAUUGCACCAGAAUAUGCAUACACGAUGCGUGUGAACGAAAAGAGUGACAUAUACAGCUUUGGUAUAGUUAUUCUGGAGCUCGUGACACGAAAACUGCCGACAGACCCAGAAUUUGGGGACAAAGGUUUGGCAACUUGGGUCUAUACGACCUUGGGCCGGGAUGGGCUUGAUCGUGUGAUCGACCCAGAAUUAGAUUCGAGUUACAACGAACACAUUUGCAAGGUUCUUGAUAUUGGGCUCGUCUGUGUCAGUAAACACCCGACCAGUCGCCCCUCCAUGCGUCGGGUUGUUGCUAUGCUGUAUGAAUCGGGUGCUGGCAUGUCUAAUAAUAGCGUAAAGGAAAAGGAUAACGGUAAACUUUUGCCUUGA